AUCACAUGUCAGUGUCACUGUCAGUCAAAUCAGGUUGUUCGUAUUGAUCGGUGUGCAGUGUGAAGAUAAAUUAUUAUUGAAUUAUAAAUAAAAACAAGUACAAUAAAGAUGUCUAAAAUUGGUACAAAUACCGGUGAUAACAAUCAAGAUGAGAAAAUUCUUAUGCCAUACACUUAUAUCCAACAAGUACCAGGCAAGCAGAUAAGACAAAAGCUUGCAUCAGCGUUUAAUUACUGGCUGAAGAUCAGUGAUGACAAGCUCCGAGCUGUGGGAGAUAUUGUGCAGAUGUUGCACAACUCGAGCCUCCUGAUUGAUGACAUUCAGGACAAUUCGAUUCUCCGUCGGGGUAUACCAGUGGCGCAUUCCAUCUAUGGUGUGGCGAGCACCAUCAACGCGGCCAACUACGCUAUGAUUGUGGCCCUUGAGAAGACGCAGGAGUUGGGGCACCCUAUGGCCACAAAAGUGUAUACGGAGCAGCUGUUGGAGCUGCACAGAGGUCAGGGUAUCGAGAUAUACUGGAGAGACAACUUCCAGUGUCCUUCUGAGGAAGAAUACAAGGAGAUGACCAUCAAAAAAACUGGCGGUCUUUUCAUGUUGGCCAUACGUUUGAUGCAGUUGUUCAGUGAUUACAAGUCGGACUUCAGCAAGUUGUCCGCCAUUUUAGGAUUGUAUUUCCAGAUCAGAGACGAUUACUGUAAUUUGAGGGUUCAAGAGUACACGGAGAACAAGAGUUACUGCGAGGACUUAACGGAGGGCAAGUUCAGCUUCCCCAUCAUCCACGCCAUUAAGAACCCUGAGAACGACAACCAAGUGCUUCACAUCUUGCGCCAGCGCACAAGAGACAUAGAAGUCAAGAAGUACUGCAUCACGAUACUGGAGCGACUCGGCAGCUUCGCGUACACACGGGACACGCUGCAGAGAUUGGACGAAGAGGCUAGGAAAGAGGUUGCGCGGCUCGGCGGUAAUCCCCACUUAGAAGCUCUUCUGGACGACCUACUGAGCUGGCGACGAGACGAGUCCCUCGAGAAAGUUGAAAACAACAACUAAAUCAGAAACAAAGAUUACUUGUACGCGUAACUAGGAUAUGAGGGAAACGCAGAAACAAAUACACAUUUUAGUUGACUACCGGUUUGUAGAACGCUGAUCAACACAAAAACCUGUCAAAUAUCAUGAUGAACGCAGUAACGUACAGGUUUUAUAUCCAACCAAUCUCAGAAAUGGGAAGGACCUACAUACUGAUAGUGCUGCCAAAGUCACUUCAUUUUUUAAUAAUACACAGAAUCGUCCUUAGCUGCAUUAGAAACAUGAAAAUUUAUCAGCAUUCUAGAAGCCGGAGGUUUUGUUUUGUAUUAAAAGAUUAUUUACUUAUUUCUCGGGAACGUUGCAAUAGUGAAUAGUACACAAGCUUCUUUAGUUGUAUAGAUAGAUUGUAGUUUGUUUUUUGUAUAAAUUUGUUACGGGCUCAUAUUACUUUAUCUGAAUAAUACGAAUGGCGUGGAGUACCGUUCGUCAGCGGUUACAAGGUAAAGUCUACCUUAUGUACUUUAGAAUAAUGACUAAUAUUGUCUUAAAAAAACCUUAUCUCUAAUGGACGGCCUUCUACGCAUACGAGUGUUUAUUAGUAGUUUAUUUCUUGUUUGGAUUCUUACCGCUUUCCUAGUUACGCACAUAAGUAAUUACAUUCAAUAGAUUCAAAGUACGAAAGACAUCUAUUUUUAUUACUUUUCAUUACAGACUUCAUCAAUAAAAUAAUUAUAUUCACUAAAUAUUUCGAAAAUUAAUAACAGUCAUCAAAACUUUGUGAAAAAUCACACCACCUUUGAUUUUAUGUAUGGCUAUUACUCAAAUUUGAAGUGUUGCCAGCACGAUAAGUCUGUAGUGAAAAGGACUUGCAAUAUAUAUAUGUUUUAAAUUAUUUUGUAUAUUUUUUGUAAUGCUGAUUUUAGUUUUUAAUCAUAUAAUUUAAUUGGCUUUUAUGGUAGACAAGAUUUCAAGGCGAUAUUUGUGUAAAUAUUUUUUUAAACAGUUAUAAUACGUUUACAUUCCGAACGUAAUGUUAGAACGGUGGAAGUAAGCUUAAGUUUUAAAGACUAGAAUUAAAAGACGGCGUUACAAGAUUAUUUGAUUCUUUAUCUUUCUUUUCUUUGAAGUAUUAAAUUACACAAAUCAGCCUUCCUUAUUUAAUAAAUGGUAAUAAGCCUUUUUAUUCAUUGCAAUUUCAUUUUCUUUAAAUUGACGGUUUAUGACGUCAUAAAACUGUAUUACACAAUUUAUUGCCAGCAUUGUUUAUGAACUGAAACAAAGGGACGUUAGCAACAGCAGUGACUAACUACCGUUUCCCACCAAAAACAACACCUAACUGUGAUAUAAUAGAUGCAUUGAAUUAUUACAUCUUACUUUUAAAAUGCACGAUGUACGGCCUAAGGUUUAGGCAUCUAAUUUUGACCUACAAAGUAUUAAAUACUUUAAUAGGAAUAUAAACUAAAUUUUGGUGAAAAUGUCACUUGUCAAUGUCACACAAAUGCUGUUCAUCAUCCGAUGUCGCCGACUGUACUAUUUUGACCAGUCAAUUUUUUUUGAAAAAUACUGUAGGCAAUGUUCUUGUGCUUAUGCUGUCAGCGAUCAUACUGCCAUAGUCACUAAUAUCUAAGAUCGCUACAGUAUUUAAUAUAUUUUAAUGAGUUUAAAAUACUUAAUCGCUUUGUACUUAUGCGCAAUGAAUUCUUAAAUAGCUUUCCAAAAUUAUAAUAAAACUA